UAUCAAACCUUAAGUGAUAGUCUCCACAAUUUACUCUCUCUCACUUCAUCCAGCUAGCAGAAUAUAUUGAGUUUCAGAUUGUACUUGGUUUCUCUUCUUUCAUGCGCAUUGCAAUGAAAGCUCCAGAUUCUUCUUCGCCGACUGGAGUUCUCGAAGAGUUUUUCAGAACCGAAGAAUUCGGUAGCUCGGAGACGGUGAAGGACCCUUCCUCUUCUCGUUUCCGCAAGAUCGUUCAGCUUCUGAGAAGCAGAUCCAAAAAGUCUCUGGAGAAUCUCAAGAUUCCUUUUCACAACAAUGGUCUUGUUAAGAGCUCUUUGAGAAGAUGUAGUAGCAUGAGGGAAAGUUUUAGAUUUGGUUCCAAUGAUUCUCACUUUCUUCUACACUCUCCUAGAAGAAUCUUCACCUUCUCUGACCUCAAGUCUGCUACAAACAAUUUCGCUUUAGAGAAUCUAAUUGGGAAAGGAGGUUAUGCUGAAGUUUACAAAGGGAUGUUGCCAAAUGGACAAAUGGUUGCGAUAAAACGGCUGAUGCGGGGAAAUAGCGAAGAGAUCAUUGUAGAUUUUCUUUCAGAGAUGGGUAUAAUGGCACAUGUCAACCAUCCAAAUAUAGCUAAGCUUUUAGGCUAUGGGGUUGAAGGAGGAAUGCAUCUUGUUCUUGAGUUAUCACCUCAUGGGAGCUUAGCUUCUAUGCUUUAUAGCUCCAAGGAGAAGAUGAAAUGGAGUAUCAGGUACAAGAUAGCAUUGGGAAUUGCAGAGGGUCUAGUUUAUCUACACAGAGGAUGUCACAGGAGAAUCAUACAUAGAGAUAUCAAAGCCGCGAACAUACUUCUCACACAUGAUUUUUCGCCGCAGAUAUGUGACUUUGGGCUUGCGAAGUGGCUACCCGAACAUUGGACACACCAUAUUGUUUCCAAGUUUGAGGGCACAUUCGGAUAUCUUGCUCCAGAGUACUUAACACAUGGGAUAGUAGAUGAAAAGACCGAUGUAUUUGCCUUGGGUGUACUUUUACUAGAACUUGUUACUGGACGACGAGCUCUCGAUUACUCCAAGCAAAGUCUUGUUCUAUGGGCUAAACCAUUGAUGAAGAAGAACAAAAUAAGAGAGCUAAUCGAUCCAUCUCUGGCGGGUGAGUACGAGUGGAGGCAGAUAAAACUUGUGCUUUUAGCUGCUGCGUUAUCAAUCCAACAGUCAUCAAUAGAGAGGCCUGAUAUGAGUCAGGUAGUUGAAAUCCUCAAAGGUAACUUGAAAGAUCUCAAGUGCAUCAUGAAAUGCAGAGUUCCCUUUUAUCGAAAAGCAUUCAGAGAUGAAGUUGGCAAGAGAGAUUAGGAACAUUUUGGCAAAUCUUUGAAGAUGAUGAAGCACUUCUCUCCCACGUGUAAAGUAUUUGAUUCAGAAAAUAGAUUCCUUCAAGCACAAGAAAGGAGAAAUAAGAGAAGCAGAGAGAUCACUAGACACUAGGGGUCUUAUCAUUUUUGGGGAUAAAUAAGUAUCAUAGAACCCUUGUUACCAAUAAGAUGUUAAUGGCAGU